AUGGCUGUGGAUUCGUCCUCUUCGAUUGAUGGGGCAUCUCCUGCCGGACAUCCCGACAGCAGCCCGCCCUCGUCCCCCCCAGCUGAGCCACCCAAGGACGAAGCUGCCCCCCAAGAUAGCCUUGAGCGCGAGGAAGCCAAGGCGCUGGAGCGCAAUCUUGAGGCCGAGAAUAAACGCAAGGCAUCACUCAAGCGCAAGAGAAAGGCGGUCACGAAGGCUCAAAGAGAGGCAAAAGCCAAAGAGCUUGAUAAUCUACUCAGGCAGAGCGCCGCUUUUGCUGACAUAUUACGUGGCAAAACCAGUGUUCUGGGCCGAGUCGGCACGGCUCUUGACGGCGAGACACUUGGUGACCAUGAUCUCCAAAUGGCUGCACAGCCCAAGUGUCUGGUGGGAGGUACAAUGCGAGACUACCAGUUGGAAGGUGUUUCGUGGAUGUACGAAGUUUGCUUACAGGGCAUGAGUGGCAUCCUGGCUGACGAGAUGGGCUUGGGCAAGACGAUCCAGACCAUCGGCAUCAUUGGCCUGCUUCGCGAACAGGAAAACUACCUUGGCCCGCACAUCAUCAUUGCACCGCUUAGUACUUUGUCCAACUGGAUCGCUGAGUUUAAGAAAUGGGCGCCUUCCAUUCCAGUUUUGAUGUACCACGGUACUCCUUCAGAACGUCAAAAGCUGCGAAGCACCAAGAUGUUUCCGUAUUUGGACAAAAAGGGCAAACCUACUGAUCGAUUUCCUGUGGUCUGCACAAGUUAUGAGAUGGAUGAGGGGCACCGCCUGAAGAACGCUGAGGCUCGCCUGUUCCAGGAAAUUUGCAAGUUUCGUAGUGCGACUCGUUUCCUCAUAACAGGCACUCCUUUGCAGAACAAUCUCAAGGAAUUGUGGUCUCUGCUUCAUUUCCUGAUGCCGAGGAUCUUCACUGACUGGGAAGCUUUUGAAACCUGGUUUGAUUUUAGUGAUCUCCAAGAUGAAGAAGGUACUGAGCAGUUUAUUGAGGACAAGACCAAACAGGAUUUGGUGAAGAAGAUCCACACUGUGCUUCAACCAUUGCUGCUCCGUCGUGUCAAAGCCGACGUUGCCAACUAUCUCCCCAAAAAACGAGAGUACGUUCUUUACGCUCCAAUGACGAAGGAGCAGACGGAUCUCUACAACGUCAUUACGAACAAAAAGGCAGACACCAGAGCAUAUCUCGAGCAGAAGGUUGUCGAGAGACUGACGGGGACCACGAACACACCGGCCGGAUCUAGGAAAGCCACACCGAGCUCGUCACGAUCCGUCAGUGUUGUCAAGACCGAGAAAGACGUGGACAGUGAUUCAGCUGGAAAGACCAAGAAUGCAUUUUCGCUCUUGAUGGGACAACCCAAGAAGAGAGGCAGGCCGGCUAAGAAUGCGACCAAGCCAAAUGGCAACACCACAAAGCGAAAGGAACCACCUACCUCCGAGACUUCCACCCCUAAGACUACGCGAACCACUAAAGACUCGACCCCAGCGAAAUCCGCUAGGGGUCGCUCACGCAAGGUCACUCGACGUUCGAUGAAACUGAACGAGUCCGACGAUGACGAGCUGUCCGACGACGAAUUUGAGGCAAAACUCGCACAGGAGUAUGCUGAAGAUAAUGAGGCCGAGACCAUAUCCACUCCUGAAUCCACCGAGGAGAUGGAGCGAGCUGCAACCCUCGAGCUCGCCAAGAAAGAAAUAUCCCACAAGAAGCUUGGAAAUGACUUGAUGCAGUUGCGGCUCACCUGCAAUUCACCCCACAACUUCUACAACCCCUGGCCAAAUGCGGAGGACAUUGAUGAGAGCAUCGUUACCUCAUCGGGAAAGAUGCUACUUCUUGAUCGCCUCCUUCCUGCGCUGUUUGAGAGGGGCAGUAAGGUUCUUAUCUUUUCCCAGUUUUCCACACAACUAGAUAUCUUGUGGGAUUACUGUGCCGAGCUUCGUGGUUGGAACACUUGCCGGAUCAGUGGCAACGUCUCGCACCAAGAUCGGCAGGCUCAGAUUGAGGAAUUCAACAACAAUCCAGAGUGCAAGUUGUUCAUCUUGACAACACGUGCAGGAGGCCAGGGCAUCAACCUUGCCAGCGCAGACACGGUCAUCCUGUUUGAUUCUGAUUGGAAUCCACAACAAGAUUUACAAGCUCAGGAUCGAGCACAUAGAAUCGGCCAAACCCGACCCGUGAUCGUAUAUCGGCUCGCGACAAAGGGGACAGUAGAGGAGGACCUGCUCAUGAGUGCUGACGCCAAGCGGCGUCUCGAGAAGCUCGUGAUCAAGAAGGGUAGUUUCAAGAACUUGGGCCAGAAAAAGGAUCUCAACGAGGGCCUGGACAAGGAGACCCUGCGCUCACUCCUGCUCAAGGAUGGUGAGGUAUUCAGGUUCUCAGGCGACAAAACCAUUCUCAGCGAUGCGGACCUGGACAUACUGUGCGACAGGAGUGACGCCGCGUAUGACCGUGCUGCAGCAGGUGCCGGUAAUGCGGAUGGAUUCACAGUUGUUGAAACUGGUGCUAAGGGCCUUGCCACCAUGGGUUGA